AAAUAAUUAUUAUAAUUACGUAAUAUUUCAUAAGCAAGAAUAUAAUGUUCACUGUAACUUGCAAUUAUUUAACAUUAAUUAAUCUGUGAUCACAUAAUUAAGAAAACUAUUCAAAUGAAGGAUUGUGUAACAAUCAUAAAAGUAGAUAGAUAAUAUAAAUAAAGCGGUUGUAGAGAAGCAAUGAUGAUGAACUUACAACAUAAAAUAUGCAUGGUAUCUGACUUUUUUUAUCCCAAUAUGGGUGGCGUUGAAGAGCAUAUAUUUAAUUUGUCACAAUGUUUAUUAGAACGAGGACAUAAGGUUGUGAUAUUAACACAUUCGUACAAAGAUCGAAUUGGGAUACGUUAUAUGACCAAUGGAUUAAAGGUAUAUUAUAUUCCAGUCAAAGUAUUUUAUAAUCAAUGUAUCUUGCCAACGAUGAUAUGUUCUAUUCCUCUAAUUCGAUAUAUACUUAUUAGAGAAGAAAUAGAGAUAAUACACGGACAUUCUGCAUUUUCUGCUUUAGCGCACGAAGGAAUGUUAAUUGGCAGAUUAAUGGGAUUAAAGACAGUAUUCACAGAUCAUUCAUUGUUUGGAUUUGCAGAUGCAUCUGCUAUUUUAACAAAUAAAUUUUUAGAAAUUUCUUUAGCAGAUUGUAAUCAUUGUAUAUGCGUAUCGCAUAUAGGAAAAGAAAAUACUGUUUUGCGAGCAAAAGUUCAUAAAGAAAAAGUAUCUGUUAUUCCAAAUGCUGUGGAUACCAUGCUUUUUACACCAGAUAUUAACAAACGUAAUAAUGAUUUCAUUACUAUAGUAGUAGUAUCACGAUUAGUAUACCGAAAAGGUGUAGAUCUCCUAGCUCAUGUAAUACCUGAAAUAUGUUCGCGACAUAAAAAUGUAAACUUCUUAAUUGGAGGGGAUGGUCCAAAACGAUGGCUUAUAGAAGAAAUACGAGAAAGAAAUUUAUUACAGCACAGGGUUACAUUGCUUGGAAGUUUGGAACAUGCUCAGGUCAAACAUGUUUUAAAUAAAGGUCAUAUUUUUUUAAAUACUAGUCUCACAGAAGCUUAUUGUAUGGCAAUUGUUGAAGCUGCCUCUUGUGGUUUACAAGUUGUAUCUACUAAAGUCGGAGGAAUACCUGAAGUAUUACCUCCAGAUUUGAUUUACUUGGUGGAACCAACAGUAUCAGAUCUUAUUAAAGGAUUAGAACAAGCUAUGUCUGACUAUAUGAAAGGAAAUAUAAGUCAUCCAUUUGAUGUGCAUAGAAGAAUAAGUUUAUUUUAUAAUUGGUUCAACAUCAGUAAAAGAACUGAAAUUGUUUACAACUUAGUCUCAAAUGAAGCAAAGAAAAAUUUAGGUCAACAAUUAACAAGCUAUAUUCAGAGUGGUGUAUUACCAUAUCUGUUAGUUGUAUCACUGUGUUAUAUUAUAUUAAAAAUUUUAGAAUAUAUGGUUCCUAGAAAGUAUAUUGACAUUGUAAAGGAUUAUAAAGAAAAACAUAUAGCAUCGUCAAAGGAGAGAAAAUAGUAAAAAAAAAGAGGAAAUCUUUAGUAAAAUUUAUUCAAUUAUUUUAUCGAUUAUUUAUGAUUUACCAAGGAAACAUAAAUCUUUUUUGGACCAUUUGAACUAAAUUGUCUUUUUAUAUCACUACAUCUUUUAUAUAGUAUACAAAAACUGUAUGUAUAAAGUAUUUUUUAUAUUUAUUAGAAUUUUAUACGAACGCAUAUUUCUUUGUAACAUUCUACACUUUGAUUAUAAAAUAUUAUAUAAUUAAAAUUAAUAUAUGUAUCUUAACUAAUAAAUUUAAUGAAAUUAAAUAUAAGAAAAUAAUAGUUUAUCAGAAGAAAUUGUACAUAAUUUUGUAAAUCUGCCUUAAGUGUUAUAUUUGUGUUAGUAUUUAUACACACAGUUUUGUAUGUGUGUGUGUAAUCUUAAUAAUACAUUUUUUAAUAAUAAAUUUUUUUAUAAUAGAAAAAAAUAAAUUAUCUAUUUUUUCUUUUAAGUUAUUAUUUUUGUAAGCUUAUCUUCAUUAUAUUUAAUAGUUAAAAUAUGUGGUAAAUUUUUAUCUUUUAUAUUACCUUAUGAAAAAGUAUAAAACAUGGCAAAGAAAUAUGCCUUUGUAUAAAACAACGAAUACUUUCUAUACUCACUAUAUGUUUACUUUAAAUAUUUUUAUAAUCAUAUAUUAUUGUUAAAAAUGUUUAUAAAAUAAAUACAAAACUUUAUAAGUAAGUAAUAAAAAUAAUAUAUCCAAGAUAUAGAUAUUAUUAUUAAUGUAUAAGAAAAAAAUAUGAAUUAUACAAUGUCUUAUAUAACGUUUCCCUUUUUAUGAUCUUUAUCUUACCAGUAAAAGAUGAUGCAGCAACAGAAUUUUUAUGUAAAAUCUAUUAUUAUGCAAAUGUCUAUAUUUUGUAUUCAAUUUUUUUUUUCUAUUAUCUUACCAAUUUAAGGAAAAU